UUUCAAUUCAAACGUGUGCGCGCGAGUCUCUCUGUGCGUUUUAAUUAUUAUUAUUAUUUCGUUUUCUUAAAUAUAUUAAAAAAAUAUAUAAAUUUUGUCUAACAAAAUAAAAAAGAAACAACGGUUUAUCAAAGAUUGUGUCAUUUAAUUAAAUGUGUUAUCUUCGAAAGUUUAUAAUUUUUCUCAAUUUUCAUUUUUGACUGAUAGUCGUCUUUCCAUAUAACCUACCGUACCGACAUACCUACCCGCUAAACGCUAUCAGUAAUAGUUUUUCUACAUAAAUUAAUUAUACUUGCUAUCAGUUUUAAAUCAAUCAAUCGUUUAUUAUCAUCGCCCAUUAUUUAUCGAGUAAACAAAGUACCGUAAAUGUAAUUUUACUCUCUGAAAGAAGAUAAAUAAAAUAAGUGCCACAAUUUUAGUUUAAAACUAAUUCAAAACUGUGGGCAUGUUUUUGUGUCGUUUCGUUUUGUGUGUGAUUUUCGUAAAAAUUUGUGAAUGAAAAACUUUAUUAACACGAAUCAUCUUCUGGAAAUUAAAUUUAACAAACAAAUCUAUCAUAUUGGAUUAAGAUUAUCAAGAUCGACACAGUUUAUAAGAUAAUCAUAUUUUAAAUGACACUCAACCAGCUAACCAAAUCGAAGGGUGGAAAAAUUCGACUCUGUCUUCAAUCAUCUUAAUUACUUCCACACGAGAAAAAAUCUAAGAAACAAACGUUAACCCAGAAAAUCGAUAUUUUUAAUUACGCGAUAUUAUUAAUAUUGUGCCGAAGACGACGGACGACGACAGAUUAAAGUCCUCGUGUAUCAAAAACAUAUAUAAUUGCAGCCACCGAAAAAAGGGGGACACUGCAUAUUAUAUCCAACGACGAAAUGAGCUCCUUAAAAUAAAUAUAAAAACCUAAAAAGCAAUCAGAACAGAAAUAUCUAAGGCACUAUACUAGAUAUAGACUUCAGGAAGUUGGAGGAACACAUUCCUGCAACAAAAAAGAAGAAAAAAGUCUCAAGAGGAACGAAGCAGGAGUGAGGCCUUUUUUUGACUUGGUUGUGUUUUUGUGUUUUGUUUGUUUGUUUUCUAAGAGCGAAAGCUUUUGCCUUUGACACCAAACAAAAGAGAACCCCAGUUUUGACGGCAAAAUGACAUCGGUUCUACUUGAGGCAAGGCCGUACAGGCCAUUCAAAUCCAGCGAGGAAUACCUGGAGGCGAUGAAGGAGGAUUUAGCUGAAUGGCUGAGUACAAUGUAUCCGGAGUUGUUGAUUAAUGCUGAAAACUUUAUGGACAGAUUGGACACAGGAGUGGCACUAUGCAAGCACGCCAACAAUGUCCGCCAAGCUGCCGAGGACUAUUUAGCCAGACGACAAGCCCGCAACAAAUCGAUGACACGCUCCAUGACUUCCGGAUCGGCAGGUCCAAUUCUAGCCAUGGGCAAUGUCCACUAUCUGCCAGCAGCAAAGAGUGGCACGUUCUUCUCUCGUGAUAAUGUGUCCAAUUUCAUUACAUGGUGCAGAAAAAGCCUUAAAAUAUUCGAGUGCCUAUUAUUCGAAACUGACGACCUUAUUAUGAGGAAAAACGAAAAACAUGUGAUACUAUGCCUUUUGGAGGUUGCUCGACGUGGAGCAAAAUUUGGAAUGCUCGCACCAAUGUUAGUCCAAAUGGAACGACAAAUUGAUCGUGAAAUUGCAGCUGAUAAUAAAGCUAAUGGAAUUGGAUGUGGAACACAAACCGAUAAUACAGAAUGUGAUAAAAUUAAUAUGGCAACAGAAACAGAAAUGUUUGAUACAGAUUCAGAAGAUGAAGAAGACAAUGAUGAAGGACCAACGCUUAUGUAUGGGCCACAACCUCAAAUUGUUACAAACGACUUGAAGAGUCUUGAUGAAAUGGUACGAGAUCUUGUUGAAAAAUGCACAUGUCCGUCACAAUUCCCGAUGGUACGCGUAUCUGAGGGUAAAUACCGAAUUGGAGACACCAAAGUCCUCAUAUUUGUACGAAUUCUUCGUUCUCAUGUUAUGGUUCGUGUUGGAGGUGGUUGGGAUACAUUGUCACACUAUUUGGACAAACACGAUCCUUGUCGCUGUAAAACUCAGCACAGAUCUUCGGUUGCAGCGCGCUUAGUACCACGGACAAAUUCUGGCACAAAUGGAAUUGAACUGAAUAAGGCUCAGGUGAUAUUUGAGAGAUCACCACCUUCAACCAGAAAAGUUGUAUCGACCUUUAACAGUUCACCAAAUAAUUCACCAUCUGUUAAUGGUGUCAGCAACUUGUCACCGAGUGCCGCUGGCAAAGCACGCAGUCGCAGUCCCACGUAUCGAAAACAACUAAAUCAUACUUCCAGCAAUGAGAGUAGCAAUGAAAAACUGCACACACCAUCCCAAAUUGCUGCACCUAAUCUUGCUAGGCGUUCAAUGUCUCCCAGCCCAAGGCGUAUUUAUGACAUGAGGAAAAAACAAACUUCUCUGGACUCAUCUAGCGGACCAAAAUCUCUACCAACAAAUGCAGGCGAUAUGUCUGCCAAUCAUGUGCAAUUUGAAAAUCUAAAUUUGGUACAGACUGAGGUUAUAAGUCCACCUAAUAGCAGUGGAACGCUAAGUAAUGAAACUUCUAGUAGCACCAAAUUUGAAAACAUCAGUGAUAAUGGAAGCGAGAUUAGCGAUGAGGGAUAUCGCAGUUUGGGUUUGAUUCAGUCCAACGCACAGAAAAGAGAAUCAAUCCAUAGUCAAACGUCAGUUGAUGAUGCUGAAAAUACUGCGCGUCAAGACCAAACAUCAAGUGACUCACAAUUGUCUCCAAUCGAUGACGGAACGCCAUCAAUCAAAACUCCAGAAAUUUGCGAAACAGACAAUACUAUUGAUCCUCAUUCGUCUCUAUCUGAGCAACUCGAUUCUAUUGUUACAAUUACUCCUUCCCUCGACGACGAAGAAGACGUUAAUAAAUUCGAACAAUCUGGGGUGUUUAUAACCGAAGAUGAAAUAACUGUCGAUAUUGCCAAUAAUACCGGCCUUCGAAAAACCGGCUUCUCAACAAAAAUCUAUGGCGAAGAAGAUGCAAAACUAAAUACGAAACCAUCUAAUAAAUGUAAAAUUCCCCGCUCUCCAAUUCCGCUUAGGCGCAGAAGUUUAGAUAACAGUAGUUGUCACAGCAGCAUGGCUGACGUGCGUAAUUCCCCGGACAAUCGAUCUCAAACAGGAGUGCCAGUAUUCAACAGGAAAAAGCCAGUCUACAGAUCAGUUAGAAAACCAAGCGAGCUUGCCAAUGAAGCACAAAAAACUCCCGGAAAAGAUGUUACCAAUACUUGGAGUGGUCGUGUACCUCCAACUGGUAAGAAACGGCCUACCAUGACAGCAGACACAUUUAGUCCAGGCUUCAAUCGCAACUCAAAAACACGUUCAUCUCAAAUUCUCUACGACAGUAAUGGCCGUCGAGUAAAAGGCGGUGCAUCACUCACAACAUCUCCCGUCAAAAACAAUGCCUCCUCACCGUUGGCCCAACAGCUUUUAGAGGCAGCCAAUAGUGCUAAAAAUGACGCACAAAUUCUCGAAAAAAUGAAAACUCUCUUAUCGAGGUAUUCAACCAGUAACUUGGGAACGCCUCGACCAGCAAAUCUCAAAAAACCCAUCUACGAUGACUUCACCACAGCAUGGGUAAAUAGUAACGGACAUUUGGAGAGAUCUAGCAGUUGUUCGCCGCCCACAAAAGGUCCUUCUAAGCGAAGUUCAGCCGCUUCAUCAAACGAUAGUACUCACAGUCACAGUCGGGAUGUAUCGCUUAUUGUCUCACCCAGACGAGAUCGGGGCCUUACUAGGAUUCCAUUACCUACAAGGCAAAAUACUGAGCUCUACUAAGGAUAAAACUAAAAGUAUUCAAAAACAAAAAAAAAAGCUUUUUUAUAUGAUGAAAAUUAAGGUAAUGUAGAGUUCAGAUGCGCUUUGCUUACGAACUGAACGAAACAAAAAAGUAGUUGAAUAUAUUUUGUAGUAAUUUUUAUACUAAAAAAACAAAACAAUUAGAAAAGACAGAAACAGAAAUUGACGUAGGCAGAUCUUUUGUAUUUAACACCUCAUUAAAAACAAAUUUCAAAACACUCAAACAAAAACCAAAAACUACACCUCAAUGUUAAAUUUGCAAGUUUAAUUUCUCAGUUUAUGCAAUUAGACAGUCGUAAAUUGAAAUCUUUAAGUGGCAGAAGUCAAGAAAUUACAAAAAUCAGAAAAUUCAAAAUACCAAAGGGAUAAAUUUUAAAAUUCCAAUCAAAUCAGAGCCUUCUGAAAUACCAUCAGUAAAGCUUGACACAAGAGAGCUUUUAGAAUACUUUAUUAAAUGGACAGGUUCAUACUACAUAAGGAAUUUCAUUGGUUGUCAACUGUAUUCUUUGAAUGCAAAAUGAGAUCAAGGAAUCAAGCCCAUUUUUCAGAUGUCAUUACUUUCAAACUUGGAGCUUUAUUAUUUACUUGCAAUAGUUUUUCAUAGUCCUUAUUCCUUUUUCCAUAUGAUAAGGAACUCUUUUACACAUACAUAAGUGUAAAUAAAUCGCAGAUUUAUGAAGUUUAACCUUCAGGUAAAUGCGAAAAUAUGAUCAACUGUCAUUUUGACAUAAGCUGUCAAAAUGUUGCAAAUGUUUAGUCGAUGGUAUUUGCAAAGCUGUCAAUGUCAAAGUUUAAAAGACAAUGUAUAAAUACGACUGUCAGCUUUUUGCAAUUUGUCUUUGAUUCCUUAAAUCACUUGCCUCUAACGUAUAACUGAGCGGAUAAGUUUAAAUGUAGGUCGACAUAUCAUCUUUUGAUAUGUGUAUCAAGAUAUUUUCUGGUUAGAUUUUUGUAAAGUAAAAAUGUUAAACUUCAUUCCAGAAAAAAGAACAACAACUUGACGGAUUUGAAAUUAAAAAAAAAAACAUUAAGUUUGCCAAUUUAUUAUUUAGUUUUAAUGCAUUCAAAUAAAAAUUAAAUAUUAUUAAGAAGGACGGUGGCGCAUUCGAAUUAAGUUAUAUCAAUUUAUUUUUAAAUAGACGAAGAAUAUUCUUCCAUGCAAUGUCAAGAAUCAGUCGAUGACAGAGCUCGAGCCCGAUCAAAAGCCUGCAAAUAAUGCAGUUUCAAAGAGUGAAAUAUAUAUCAAAAGAGUAUAGUGUUUAUUUUAUUGGUGCUUUAAUAUGAGUUAGACAAUUUAUUACUC